UAUACAAAUCCCUCCUCCCAGGUGCACAAUGUACAAAAUGUACACUGUUACGGUUUAAUGAAUAAAUUAAAUAAAAAGACCUAAACUUCAGUUGGUAUAAUCAUUCUAUCGUUCUAAAUACUUGGAGCCUUGCAGAAAUCUGUUAAAACGGUAAAUAAAAUCAGUUUUAGGUUUGCAUCAACCAAAUGGAAUUGUUGGAUGUGGUGAUUGUCGGUGCCGGACUGUCUGGGCUUACAACAGCCAGAGAGCUUUUGAAAAGAAAUGCUUAUCUGAAAAUCUUAAUCCUAGAAGGAAAAGCUCGGAUAGGUGGGCGCACAGUGACCCUAAGCCUGCCAGCAGCAAAGGGAGAGGACUCCUGGGACCUGGGAGGGCAAUGGGUUGGUAGAACACAGACACACAUCCUAGAUCUUAUCCAAGAACUGGGUUUGGAGAUUUACCCACAGUACACAGAGGGGAAAAAGGUAUACCGGCUGGGUGGACCAGAGGCUGAGAUUCGAACCUAUACCUCCAGUAUCCCACCACUUUCUUUGAUGGGCCUCAUUGACAUGCAGCUCUUGUUAUGGAAGAUUGAUAAGCUGAGAAAGACAGUCUCUGUGGAGAUCCCAGGCUCUUCUCCCAAUGCUCUGGAGUACGAUAGCAUGACACUGCAUUCCUUCAUCAAGAAAAACACCUGGACUCAGGAGGUGAGGGCUGCAAUGGAGCUGUCAUGCAGGUCGGUGUUCGGCAUGGAGACCUCUCAGCUCUCCUUCCUCUACUUCCUCAUGUAUGGGGCAGCAGCUGGGGGAUUCCUCGCUCUGCUGGAGGCCACAGCUGGGUCAGCGCAGGAGUACAAAGUGAAGGGGGGAACCCAACAGCUGUCUGAGAUAUUAGCUGACCGAGUAGGAAGGCAGAACAUACGCCUGUCCUCUGCAGUGACUGCAAUACACCAGGAUUCUGGGAUUGUAGAAGUGAGGACAGAGUCUGAGGCUUUUAAAUGCAAGUCUGUUAUUGUAACCAGCCCCCCUCAUCUUGCCUCCAAGAUCCACUACCAGCCUCCACUGCCUGUGGAGAGGGAGAGCCUGACUCAAAACAUGCCCAUGGGACACAUGAUGAAAUUCAUCGUCACCUACCCCACAACAUUCUGGCGAGAAAAUGGCUUCUCUGGUGAGAUUGUGACCCAGCCUUCUUCAGAGUGUCCUUUCAGUGUAACCUACGAUGCUACUAGCACUUCUGGGAAUCCUGCACUGGUGGGGUUUAUUGCUGGUGCACAGGCUGCAGACUGGUGUCACAGAGAGUUGGAGGACAGACGGGAUGCGGUGAUCCAAACUCUGACAAAAUUCUUGGGUCCAGAGGCUUCAAAUUAUAUCCACUAUGCUGAAAAGGACUGGGCCAAGGAGCAAUACAGUGGUGGCUGUCCUGUCAAUAUCAUGGUCCCUGGAAUGAUCACUUAUUUCCAUCCUAGCCUCAGAAGACCUUGUGGAAGGAUUCAUUGGGCAGGCACAGAGACUGCCACACUGUGGUGUGGAUAUCUCAGUGGUGCUGUUCAGUCUGGACAGCGUGUGGCUUUGGAAGUCUUGGGACAGUUGUCCCCAGAAUGUCUGUCACAGGAGGAGAAGGAAUGGGCUAGGAAAUCCCUGGCAUUCCCUGUCCCACACAGGGAUUGGAAAAUAGCAACUGGUUCUUCCAGUUUCUCUGCCUAUCUGCUCCUCUCCACUGCCGCCUUAGGAGCUGCUUUGCUGUGGGUUCAUCCCUGGUUCUCUCAGGUGCUUAUUGAAAGGGGUCUUUCCAUUCUUCAGAAAACUUACAUGAUGCAGUAGAAUCAGAAAAGACAUUGACUUUGUUUGCUUUUGCUGAGAUUUAUCAAAUACUAAAGUUACAGAUUUGUGGCAUGUUUCUUAAACAUCUGGUUUUGUCCCUCCUGGUUAUUACUUUCAUAUCAGGUUUGUAAGUAGGUAUUUAAAGAUAAUGCUAAACCAUUGUGCUAAUAACUUUAAAACAUUUUCUUUCACAUAACAUUUGCCCUGUAUUCAGUAUUAUUUAAUCUCCUUGCAAUUUUGUAUUCCAGUUGAGAUUGGGACAUAAUUAAUUAGCUAAGGCUAGUCGCCCCAUAAUUUAAUUCUUCUCAGCUUUAAUUAUUUUUUUUAAUUCUGUUUCGCUGCAUGUUUGCCAAGAAAAAAAAAAGCUUGUUGAAAUAUGUUUUCAAAGCUGCAGAAAUUCAGCAUUGCUGAACAUUUCAUCAGACUUUGUUCCAUUAUGGCAUAAAAUAUAAACUGAAAUUCAAUUCUCAUUAAAUUUUAGUUCAUUAAUUAGCAAUAAGUGGUAUAUUCUGGAUGAUUUAUUGACUGUCAGUGCUUUUUUCCAGUUGCAGGCUGAGCAGAAUACUCAUUAGUAUUCCACACAUAGUGUACUUAUGCAUUUGUGAAAAUGGCAAUUUGAUUAUUAAGUUUUGAUCAAAACAGUAAUGUCUUGAUAUGCUUAAAGGUCAAAUACUCUAGGUACUCAAUGGAAAAAAGUUAAAAUAUUAAUAUACAGAGUACCAAAAGAAAUAUAUCACUUUAUACCUACAGCCUAUUCACAGGGUCAUUAUCAGGAAAGUAUAUUAUCUGUUUUUGCAGUAGGUGAAUUGAAAUCUUACUUAGCAGGCAUGACAUAGCUAACGUGUCAUCAAAAGGGUUAACGUGUCAGCAAAAGAGAUGAGCAUGGGGUUUACUUUGAAUGUUACAGGUUAGUAGCGGGUAUGUGUCCUGUCACAGGUACUGUAUGUGGCUGCCUUAGCCCAGCUCAACCCACAGUGGAGCUCAGGUCUGGCAAGCAGAGUAUCCAUGGCAUAAUUACCCAUUCUCACCUGUCAAGAAAGCUACUGACACACAAGCAAUAUGAGGAUGUGAGCUGUUAUGCUAACGUUACAUUCAGAUGAUCUCAGAAAGGGCAGCAAGUGAGGUCCAAGGACAUAUUCAGUUCAACAUAUAGCACUGAACAGUCAGGUUGCCAUCAGUCACUACAGAUGUAGUACUGUAGCAGUUACACUCCUGGCAAGUCCAUCAAACUUGAACAUUGCAACUGAUUUGUGCACAACAGCAUAUUUUUUGCGUGCAACAUACAGUACUAAUGGAACAAAGGCAUUGUUCUAUUGAUACCUCAGGCAUAUUUGAUUCCUUUGUGUGUUACUCUAAGGUUAAAUCACAUCCUAACCUUUCUCACCACUGAGGUUAUUUCAUGCAAUGGUCAAAAUCUGUCAAAUGGGCAGUCAUGAAUAGUCAAUGAAUUAGAGUAACACCUGAAAUAUUUAUUCAAUAUCCAA